AUAUCCUUAACGGCUAAAUAAGAACUUGCGGUUUACAAGAAAGAAAUCCGGGAUUGUACCACAAGCCCGAUCCAGAAUCCUUAUUCAAGAUAUUUGCCCAAAAUUCAAUCAUAUUAGUACUGUCUUCUUGAUUGUAUUUCUCAAAUCUGAGGGUGUUCUUGUGAGCAAUUAAGCAUGAAUAAUGCUGUACCGCAUAAAUCGAUGAAAGAAACUGACCCAUGCCCGAACGGUAGAGAGCUUUCACUUGUGUCUAGAAGUUUGAAAGAGAGCUUUCUUGUGUCACAUUCAGAUACACUACUUGCUUUUCCUGCACGCAAGCAUUACUUACGCAUACACAAGCUCAGCGGAAAUAAGUAUUUUUUUAGAGCUCAGAUGGUGCUCUUCAUGGGCGAGCCUUGUCUCCCGUCACGGCUUCUCCUUUCUCCUUCUCCUUUAAGUCAGACACCUGAGCUAAUUUGUGCUCUGGAAAAUCUUGAAGCUUACAAGAAGAUAAUCACUUUGAUGUUGGCCCCUACCAUUCUAUUUGAUUUGACAGCUUCUCUUUCUCUCGAUCGAUUUAAAGGUCAGGAGUUUGAGGUUUGUGUUAGGAUCGAUCGUAGCUGUGAUAGCCAAAACAUGAUUGUUUAUAUGCACAUGAUGCCUUCUGCUAGAUCCGUUGCCUUGUCUAAAUACAUGUGCAGAAGUAUGGUUCUCAGAUCUCUGUCACCUCACUGGCUCUCUUCAGACAAUACAGUACAUGAAUGUGCUGAUCUAUUCGGUAAUGUGUCGGGGAUGAAUUCCUUACCAGAAGAAUUGAUAGAAGAGAUUGUAUCACGUACCAACCCUCGUGAUGCAUGCAGAAAUCUAUCGAUGGUGUCCAGAAGUUUCUGCUUAGCCGCAAAAUCUGAUUAUGUUUGGGAUAGAUUUCUUCCCUCUGAACUCAUCUCCCGUCGUGCGGUGUCAGAUCAGUGGUUGUUUGAUGAUCCUUGGAAAAAUAUUGCUUCAGAUACUUUACAUGCUUUUCCUACCAAGAAGGAUUUGUAUCUUUUUCUUGCAGACAAUCCUUUAAUCAUCGAUGACGGUGCUAUGUACUUUUGGCUAGACAAGCUCAGUGGGAACAAGUGUUUUCAUAUCGGACCGGAAAAGCUUUGCUUAAGUGAACCGAAUGGGUGGGAGUGGUACAGUUAUUCACUAACAAGAUUUACUGGAACACCUGUGCUUAACGGGGCAAAAAUCGAAAUUUAUGGAGAGAUAAGCACUUCACUAUUGUCCCCUAACACAGCCUAUACUGCUUACUUUUUGUUUAAUUUUAAUGUCUACUACGGAGGAUUUGGGGAGGAAAUACCACUGGAAACAUGUGUUGGUAUUGAUGGUAGUAGCAAUUGCGAAAACAGGAUUAUCUAUAUACCCUUCAUGCCCAAGUAUGACAAAUAUGCUGGUCCCUAUCUAGAAAGGAGACUGGAGAUGCCUGUAUUACCGGCUUGCCAGUAUCCAAAAAGGAGAGAUGAUGGACUGUAUGAACUUGAGUUGGGCGAUUACUUUAACAAGGAAGGUGAUCACAACAGGAAACUGAAGAUGAGCUUGAGGGAAGACAGGAAAGAGAAGCGCGGCAUCGUUCUUCAUGGAAUCGAGAUCCGACCAAAGUGUUCUAAAAAAAUUAUUAGAGACUCUGAACUUUAAGAUCCAGCCUAGUUCAGGCUCUAAGAAAAAUCAUACUUUAGUUAAGGUGUAUAGUGUCCACUGUCCACCUAUUCUUCUGUUUCUGCGUAAGUUUUAUUCUUGAUCAGGUUUUUAUUUUAGUUUAUUCAUAUAAACGAAUCAACAAACAGUUAUUAGUGUUUUUUUUCCCACGUAUGCUACUAU